AGACAAGUGGCCGAUUAAUGUGGAGAAAUGUGAAGUGAUGCACUUUGGAAGAAAAAUGAGGCGAGAUAACGAAGAGGCCAGGAUGGAUGAAUUAUCAGAUAAGGAUCGUGCAAAACUGGAAGUAGAGCAGCUGCGUAAAGAAGUAAAACUAGAGAGACAAUUGGUAUCCAAAUGUGCAGAGGAACUGAAAGAUUACAUUGAAUCUCAGACAGCAGAUGAUAUUCUGGUAAAAGGAAUUGCUGAGGAUAAGAAUCCUUUCAAGGAGAAAGGUGGUUGUGUGAUCACUUAAAUCAGAUAGGACUUGGACAUCCUAAAAGCAUCAGAUCAUUUUCCACAGCUUAGCAACCAUUAUUGCGACAAAACCCUAUAGAUGCUAAACCUGGAAGAAAGAGCAGAAAAGGAGACAGCAUCUUAGUUGGCACGGCAUCUUUGAGUUAACUUAUGAGAUUUUAUUUUUAAAAGAAAAGCAUUUCCGCACCUGUUACAAAAAGACCGAAAAUUGAGCAAAUCUACCAAAGAAGAUGAAUGAUGAGUUGGAAAAAGUUCUCUCCAGUUUCCGAUUGGCAGAGAAUAACCCUAUAACAAAUAAUCAUUUAAUAUAUAACCACGCAAAGACCUCCUGAAAAUGCAGUGUAAAAAUGGACAUAUUCUCAUAACUAAUGAAUGUACAGACUAAACCUGUGUAUAGAAAUUUGUCAACAAUAUAUUACAUUAAUUUCCCGUUUCAAGUAAGGUACUGUUCAAA